AACAAAAUGUUAAGCAUUCUUGCUAUAACUACUGCCACACAGCUCGGUGCCGAUGUUGAGCAUUGUGAAAAUGGAAAUGAAGCUUUAGAAUUAGUUUGCGAUGGUCUCAAAGCUCAGAGAAACUAUGAUUAUAUAUUGAUGGAUUGUCAGAUGUUGCCGAUGAAUGGAUAUGAAGCAACGAGACGGAUUAGAAUUGAGGAGGAACGAUACGGUGUUCGUAUUCCGAUCAUUGCGUUGACUGCUCAUACAUCUGGGACGGAGGCGAUGGAAGCCGGAAUGGAUGCUCACUUGAAUAAACCUUUAAAGACAAAUGAAUUGAUGGAAGUCAUUGAAAGUAUUGAGACAAAAGAAUAAUGGUUGAUUUAUCUCAUGUUGUAUAUUCAUAUGUUAAUUUUUGUACAACAUACACCUAUACAUUUUGGCAAGGAAUCUAGUGGAUAGUAUAUUUAGGAAAUACUAAA